GGCGGAUGUUUUGGUUUGAAUGUUCAUUGAACGCCGCACAAGGUUUUAAAUAAAUAAGAAAAUAAAUAAAUUCAGCUAUGUCAGCAUAUUCUCUAGUCAAGACAGGAAAGCUCAAAUUGAAGGGAAGCAAGAGUGUAAGUUCUAAAAAACAUAAGAAAAAGAAGAGAAAACGUGAUGAUGAUGCGAAUGAUGAGAAAGAAGAAGAUGCAGCAGCACAUGGUGGCUGGUGGACUGUGAGUUCAAUAGAUGAAGUACAUGGUACAGUUGCAAUUGAAAUGAAUAUUAAUUCAUAUUUAUUUGCUUUGGACACUGGUAUAUUCUCAGUUGGAGACAUGCAUAUGGAUGCCACAGAAGGUCCACAUCCACCUGAGCAGUUAAUAGCUGUGAGAACGUCCGAACUGCAACCUGAGGUUGCCUUGAAGUCUGGCUACGGUAAAUAUCUGUCUGUUGACAACAAUGGUACAGUAAUUGGUCGUUCAGAUGCCAUUGGUCCAAGAGAAAAAUGGGAACCAGUGUUUCAAGAAGGUAAAAUGGCAUUGUGUUGUUACAAUGGUUGCUUUUUAUCCUCCAACGAUGAGGGAGAGGUCAUUGCAAAAAGUCGAACCGCAGGAGAAAAUGAAUUUUUAAAGAUUCGUUCUUCUGCACCCAGAGUGAAAAAAAAGAAGGAUGAUGUGCCAGAAGUGGACAAAGGAAAUCUGAAAUCAUGCGAGCUUAGUUACGUCAAAAAGUUUCAAAGUUUCCAAGAUCGAAGACUGAAAGUAAACCCUGAGGACAGAGCAGACCUUAAAAAAGCAAGAAAAGAGGGAAGCCUGCAUGAAACAUUAUUAGACAGGCGGGAAAAAAUGAAGGCUGAUCGCUACUGCAAAUGAGAGAAGACAAUUAUUCGAUUUUUAAUGUUUGAUAUUUGUCUGUGUAUACAUGUACAUGUAUACUUGUGUAGACAGAUUUUAGAAAUAACAGAUCUACGAAAAGUCAAUAAAGACACUACUUUUUUUUUA